GAGGCCCCCCUGAACCCAAAGGCUAACCGUGAAAAGAUGACCCAAAUCAUGUUCGAAACCUUCAACAGCCCGGCCAUGUACGUCGCCAUCCAGGCCGUCCUGUCCCUGUACGCCUCCGGUCGUACUACCGGUAUCGUUUUGGACUCCGGUGAUGGUGUCUCCCAUACCGUCCCCAUCUACGAAGGUUACGCCCUUCCCCAUGCCAUCCUCCGUUUGGACUUGGCCGGUCGCGACUUGACCGACUACCUCAUGAAGAUCCUGACCGAGAGAGGCUACAGCUUCACCACCACGGCUGAGCGUGAAAUUGUCCGUGACAUCAAGGAGAAACUUUGCUAUGUCGCCCUGGACUUCGAACAGGAAAUGGCCACCGCCGCCGCCAGCACCUCCCUCGAGAAGAGCUACGAGUUGCCCGAUGGACAGGUCAUCACCAUCGGUAACGAGAGGUUCCGUUGCCCUGAGGCCCUCUUCCAGCCGUCCUUCUUGGGUAUG